CUUACUUUAAGAAUCAUUUUUCAAACUUAUUUAUUAUCCUUUAUGAUUUAUAGGUACCCUACUAUUGUUUUAGUAUUUGAAUUUAAUGAAAGUCUUUUGAACUUACCUUAUUUAAUUAGUAUUUAUUUUGCCAUAAACGAGUGUUAUUUUGAGUUCCCUGCAUGCAUGUAUUUAGUAACGACCUAACUUAAGUCCUAGGGGGUCGGGUCGUUACAGUUAGUAUUAGAGCCCAUGUUUUGGGUUCUGUAGACUGACUUACUACGUAAGUUUAGAUAAUCCCUGUGGCCCAGUAACGGAUCCCUCGUCAUCGCCAGGUACGUCCUACUAAUAAAAGUUUCAAUGCAUAUAUGAGAACAGUGAUGUAAUGUUUUAAGUGCAUGAUUUCUAAGAGCGACCUAGAAAUAGCUAGUUAACGUAUGAAUUUAUGACAGGACAUGGCACCUAAACCUAGAACAAGAAAGACAGUUAGAGACGAAAUGCAAGUAGAGAGAGCUGAGAGUAGCCAGACUGUUUCGGCAGCUCCAAAUUCGCCUGUGACCCAAAUUGAUGAAAAGGCGAUGGAAGCUAGAAUUAGUGAAGCUGUUGCAUCCUCUCUAAUGGGAAAGCUGUAAAAGCUGAUUCGUAGCACGAUGGUAGAACAGACUGCCCAGACCCAGGCUCAGGAGGAACCGGUGCCACCCGAGCAGUUACAACAGACUCGACCGCAGGAUAGAGAUAUGCAGGGCCUAUCUCUUGAGGCUAAACAUUUGAGGGAUUUCCGGAAGUAUGACCCUCGCCCCUUUGAUGGAUCGUUGGGGGACCCCACCAAAGUAGAGAUGUGGUUGUCAUCUAUUGAGACAAUAUUCAGUUCUAUGAGGUGCCCGGAAGAGCACAAGCUUCAAUGCGCAGUCUUCAUGUUGGCUGGUAAUGCGGAAAUCUGGUGGUGUUCAGCAGAAAAGAUGAUUGAUACUGGUGGUGAACUUGCAACCUAGGAGCAGUUCAAGGAGCACUUUUAUAAGAAGUACUUUUCGGCCAAUACCCGAUACAACAAACAGGCAAAAUUCUUGAACUUGAGGCAGGGAGUUAUGUCAGUGGAGGAGUAUGAGCAGAAAUUUGAUAAGCUGUCUCGCUUUGCUCCUGAACUAGUAGCCAUCGAGGCAGCGAGGAUAGAGAGAUUCAUCCAGGGCCUGAGGAGUGGACUGCGAGGGAUGGUGCAUGCCUUGGACCUCAAGACGUAUGCUGCGACACUAUGGGCCACCGUGAGGAUUGGGACCUCUGCAGGUCAGAAAAGGAAGGCUGAGCCCAGGGCUCCUAAGCAUCAGUAGAGGAACCAGAACACAGUGAAUGCUCCACGUUAAUGAGGAUAACAGGGUUCCUAGGUUGUGACUGGCAGAGAGGAUAGGCCAAUAUGUACCACUUGUGGUAAGCGACACUGGGGAUGUUGUCUAGCCACUCUAGGAUAUGUUUUCGAUGUGGCCAGAAGGGGCAUAUGUCAGAUAGAUGCCCAAGGAAGAACGCGCCUGAACACAAGGGCCAGCCCGUAAGUUUGUUUCAGGGAGGCCCGAGUCAUCAGCAACAGCAGGGUAGGGUGUUUUCUACCACUCGGCGUGAGGCCGAGAAGUCAUUCACAGUUGUGACAGAUUUGAGUCUGGGAAACUGUUGGAGUGGCUGUCCAGCGGGUUUAAGAUCGUUUUCGACAAGUUUUGUUUGGGAGCGAGUUCAGCUUAAACUUCAGCUUUGGAACUUUGAUUCGAGAUUAUUCCAUUCUAAGGAGAAGAUAAACUUGUUAGUUAUUUUGGGCUUAAAUCUGAGGAAAUGACAUGAAUAGGCUGGCGAGCGAUAGAUGAGAUCCAUGACAGAGCCAUAUGGGGACAAGAAAAAUUGCUUCCGUGCUUAGUCUAUGUUCUUCUUUUUAGUCAUUUGAAUGUUUUGAAACUAGUAUUUAAUGUCAAACAGAAAAUUUUAAUGUCUUGAAUUUUUUCUUUGUAAAUGUUUUUAGGAGACCCCGAAUAAUUUUUUUCUUAUUUAUUUGUUUAUUUAUUGAUUUAAUAAAUUGAUUUGAAAUAGUCUUCCCUAUUUCAAUAAUUUUUUUCUAUAAUGGUCAUAAUGUUUUGAAUGGGAAAGUGCAUUUAGUAGUCAUGACCCUUGUUAGAGUACUCGAAAUGUCGGGUCGUUACCGUCUAUCACAUCAUCCAUUGUCUAUACUACUGAGGCUGAGUUCCUAGAGGGGAUGUAUAUCCUUUUAGAGAUAACGAGGUUGAAAUCUUUCGGUCAUGCCUUAAACAAGUAUGUAGGGUUAAGGAUGAGCUCGAGCUUCAUCUCAAGAAGCCCCAAGUUAUAAGUUAAUGACUGCAAAAUCUAAUCCUGUUAUUCGCUCUGGCAUCUCUUCCAUUUUUGUAGUAUUCCUCUCCUUAUCGUCGAGUUUCCUUUGAAUCUUUCUUUUUAUUUUCUUUCUCAUAGAUAAAAAAAAAAUCAAAAAUAUUUGUCUCUAGAGCUCUUGAAACUUUUAAAGCCUUGCUUACCUUAGUGGGUUUUUUGGAUAUAAGGUAGAAAGAAAUAUGAGAAUUUUUACAUACCUUAAUAAGUGCCCACAUCAAUCAACCAACAUUAAAAAUUUGCAUAGGCAAUCAUGUGUUAAGCUAUAUAUAUUUUUAUUAUUAUUGUUUUCUCUUUUCCUAACUUAACUUCUUUUGUUUAUCUUUU